GUUUUUUUUUUCCUCAGCCAAUCAGCGCUCGCUCGCUCGCUCGCUCCCACUCUGGCUCGCUGCAGCUCAGCUCAAGCGCACUUUAUAAUUCAUCAUCAGAUCUGCGCGCGCACAGAGCAAUAAACGCACCUGACUGAGAAAAUGCUGCAGGCAGAGUUUGACAAGAUUGCAGCAGAUGUAAAACAGGUGAAAAGCCGGCCAUCUGACCAGGAGCUUCUGGAUCUGUAUGGCCUCUACAAGCAGGUUAUUGCUGGGGACAUUAAUAUCGAUGCACCAGGAAUGUUGGAUGUGAAAGGAAAAGCAAAAUGGGAUGCUUGGAAUUCCAGGAAAGGCAUGUCUACAGAAGAUGCCAUGACUGCCUACAUCACCAUGGCCAAGGAAGUCAUCAAUAAAUAUGGAAUGUGAUUCAUUUUAAUCACUGGAAUAGACUUGCAUGUGAGCCCAAAAAUAGUGGAGGUGAUACUUGCACAACUAGAUUAAAUCUUUUUAACUGUUGUGGUUAAUGUUACGCUGAUUAGCUGUUGUGUUUCUGAGUCUUAACAGUGUAAUCAUUACUGUAAGGAUAAUCUUGUUUUUGCAUGCUUUAUAAAAUAACAGGUACAUUAAAAACA